CAACCCUGUGAAGAACGCACGGUAGGUAUUAGUAACUCGCUUUUACAGGUGAAAAAACCCACCCACCGAAGUCAGGAAUGAUUGACUAGAGCGGAACUAGGACACUAGCCUCCGCCUCCCGGACCAGGGCUCCUUCCCUGCCGGCUUCGGGCGUCUCAGCUUCUUCCUCAGCUGCAUUGCACUGGCAAUCCCGGGCCAGGGGCGUGGGCGGCGGGCGAGGACCGAGGGCUGCACACAGUGAUAUGCCGGAGGCCCAGUGACCAUAGAGUCCGGGAAGUGCGGCCAGAGUAGCUCCCGGGGGCGCGGCGCCAUCCUAUCCCGGGACCGCGAGGUCAGCGCCAGGGCAGGCCGAAUGAGCGGUGCGCUGGCCUUCAGGGUGGUCGCGGGGCUCGGGGCAGCGGCGCUGGUCGCUGUGCUCUUAGAGCGCUACAGCCUGGCCAGCCAGCCCUCGCCGCUGCUGCAGCCCCGUCGCCCCUGGAGCCCGCACCCCGCGCCGGGCGCCAGAGCCAGCAACAUCUUCUGGGGGCUGCAGAUAUCCGACACGCACCUGAGCAGGUUUCGAGAUCGAGGCAGAGCUGUAGACUUAGAGAAGUUCUGUUCUGAAACUAUUGACAUCAUUCAACCAUCUCUUGUCCUAGCCACAGGAGACCUGACCGAUGCCAAAACAAAGGAAGAGUUUGGAUCCAGACAGCAGGAGGUAGAAUGGCAAACUUACCAGGGUAUUCUGAAGAGGACGAGGGUCAUGGAAAAAACCAAGUGGCUAGAUGUCAAAGGAAAUCACGAUGCAUUCAACAUUCCAAGUCUGGAGAGUGUCGAGAAUUAUUACAGGAAAUAUUCUGCCGUACAUAGGGAUGGCUCUUACCAUUACAUCCACAGUACUCCCUUUGGCAACUAUUCUUUCAUCUCUUUGGAUGCCACCCAAAAUCCAGGGCCUAAGAGACCCUAUAAUUUCUUUGGAAUUUUAGAUGAGAAACGGAUGGAGGAGCUUUUAUUACUGGCCAAGGAAAGUAACCAGAGUAAUCAUAGUAUUUGGUUUGGACAUUUUCCAACAUCCACUAUCCUUUCUCCAUCACCAGGAAUUCGGUCAAUAAUGAGUUCAGCUACAGCUUACUUGUGUGGGCACCUCCAUACACUCGGUGGACUGAUGCCUGUUUUGCACACUCGUCACUUUGAAGGCACUUUGGAACUUGAGGUGGGAGAUUGGAAGCAUAACAGAAGGUACCGGAUUUUUGCUUUUGAUCACGACCUCUUUAGCUUUGCAGAUUUGGCCUUUGAUGAGUGGCCUGUGGUUCUCAUCACCAAUCCUAAGUCACUUCUCUAUAGUUCUGCUAAACAUGAACCACUAGAAAGACUCCUUCACUCAACACACAUCAGAAUCUUGGCCUUUUCCCUAUCUUCCAUUACUUCUGUCACAGUUAAGAUUGAUGGAGUUCAUUUAGGGCAAGCUGUUCAUUUGUCUGGUCCUAUUUUCAUACUGAAGUGGAAUCCAAGAAACUAUGGUAAUAGGACACAUAACAUAGAAGUCACCGUCCAGGAUUCUGCUGGAAGAAGUAAGACUGUUGACCACAUAUUCUUUGCUCAAGAGGAUAUUUAUCUCAGAUUUGAUCCCCUGGCAUCAUUUAUUCUCCUUACUGACCAUUGCACUGUGGCCCGGGUCCUUUUUGUGAUGAUUGCACUGAUCCAGCUCACCAUUCUCAUUAUUUUUAGGUAUCAAGGAUAUCCAGAGUAUGAAGGACCUCCAAGAUUUAUACAUUUGACCUCAUUUUCCCUUCAUGUCUUGAGCAAAAUAAACAUCUUCUACUAUUCUGUGUUGCUGCUGACCCUAUAUACAGUGCUGGGACCAUGGUUUGUUGGUGAAAUCACUGAAGGCAAAUUAGGAUGCUGCUUUUCCUUUGGGAUCGUUGUUGAUGGACAUUUCCUACAAGGCAGCCUAACAUUUGUAGUUGGAAUUCUUCAGCUGGUGUUUUUUAACAUCCCCUUGAUGGCUUACCUGUGUUGGAGCUUGCUGCAGCGGAGUUUUGGUCACAGUUUCAGUUCUCAUCUCCAUCAAGGAAAAUGCUUGAAAAUUAUACCUGUUCACCUACUUAUGUUGCUACUCUACAUCUGGCAGAUGUAUUCCUGCUACUUCCUUCAUAUGACAUAUGGCACUGUAGCUUUUUUAUUCUCCCCUUUAAGGACCUGGUUGACGCUGCUAACACCCGUUAUCAUUCGUUGUGUGUGGACACUGAACUCCAGUGAGCUUGGAACCUUCGUAGCGCAGUUAAAAAGCCGCUUGAGUCCCUGAAGGCCAUGUCUCGCCAUCACCUCUGUAGCCCAGGCCUCUGCCCCAGCAGGAGGCGGAGGGCCAAUAUUGGUGGAUAAGCUUCAGGGAGCUGCUGCUGUUUGGGCACCGGGAGUUGGGGGAUUCUCACUACUGAUUUCUGCAGAAUGGACUACAGAAAAGUCUCUAAAUAAUGCUGUAAUUCCUUCUUUCCCCCAAGAAAGCAAAGGGUUGAUUGACUUUUGUGAAGAGAAACCGCUAACCUAUGAUAUCCACAGGGUAGGCGCUGGGUGUGUGUAUGGGAGUAUCUCUCUGGUCGUGUGUUUUUUAGGAAUACCUCUUGGAAAGUACCUACCACAGUAUCUGGGACUCGGCAACCGUUAAGGGUGCCACUUUAGGGACAGGGAACCAGUGCGAACUUGGGCCCUUCCUGCCCUAUUGAGAUAAUAGCUCCCAGUCCUCUUACCCGGCGUGUUUUAUGGGCGCUGUGCUUCCUUAGUCGGGGGUGUUUUCAACUAAUCAAAUAAAUGAUGAGUAAAGCGUGA